AUGAUGCAACGAGGAUCAGGUAGCCCGUGCGAUCAACAGCAGCAGCAGCAGCAGCAACGUGGUAAUCAGCAUCCGAUUGGCAAUGGCGAGCAAACGCCGGCGGCGAACCUGCGCAUGCGCAACAAUUGCUGGUCCAAGGCCGAGCUCGCCGAGGAAGGCCGGCUCCCAGCCCAAAUUCAGCAAUCACCACCACCACCACAACAACAACAACUACAACAAACGCAGCAGCAAGAACAGCAGCCGACGGGCGGGCCUGGUCUGGGGAAUGACCAAGACGGGGGUGGAGGGUGCCGAGGGCUGGCGGGGCAGGACCCAGAGAAGGACGACCCUGUUCACCUCAAGAGACGGGUGGGACUCGUCAGUGGGGUGGCUCUAAUCGUUGGCACUAUGAUCGGCUCCGGAAUUUUCGUAUCGCCGACCGGUCUCUUGGUUAGUACCUGUAGCCCGUGCGAUCAACAGCAGCAGCAGCAGCAGCAACGUGGUAAUCAGCAUCCGAUUGGCAAUGGCGAGCAAACGCCGGCGGCGAACCUGCGCAUGCGCAACAAUUGCUGGUCCAAGGCCGAGCUCGCCGAGGAAGGCCGGCUCCCAGCCCAAAUUCAGCAAUCACCACCACCACCACAACAACAACAACUACAACAAACGCAGCAGCAAGAACAGCAGCCGACGGGCGGGCCUGGUCUGGGGAAUGACCAAGACGGGGGUGGAGGGUGCCGAGGGCUGGCGGGGCAGGACCCAGAGAAGGACGACCCUGUUCACCUCAAGAGACGGGUGGGACUCGUCAGUGGGGUGGCUCUAAUCGUUGGCACUAUGAUCGGCUCCGGAAUUUUCGUAUCGCCGACCGGUCUCUUGUUACACGCCAACUGCAACCAAUGUACAGACAAAACAAGCCUGCACGACUAA